UACAGGAACAGGAGGGGCGUCCUCAUGUGACCACAUGAGAACCCGUGUUUCCUCAGAGUCCAGCUGACGGACCUUCAUGUCGAUGAGGACCAGUUUCUGUCUGUAGCAAAGCUUGGAGGAAAAACACGCAGUCAUGCUGGACGACCUGAGCUUAAAGAAGCAGCGACUUUUACACAUGUAGUGAAAAUGUCACGGAGAAGAGCGCGGUCGUCUCAUCGGCCGGCUUAUCCUUUAAACUAAGGCUGUUCUGGACCCGAAGGACUCAAAAGAAAAUAAAGGUGAUGACCUGGAUGGUGCCAUGAAGCCUACACACAAGUUGUUGUUUAUCCUGUGUCCCAUGCUGGUCCUGGUCUUUAUUUACUACUCGUCUGAGAAGCUGCAGAUGUACGUUUGGGGCCAGAAACCUCAGAGAGAUUCAGACAGAGCUGCAGCAGAGACAACUCUAGUCCAGACUAAAGGUGCUGAAGGGAAAAGAAAUGGAGAGAUGGAGAACGACAUCACCGUUGGACGAAUAGUAAGCUCAGUGUAUGAUAAGCAGGGCUUUCUGCUGCAGCUGGAAACCAAACUYUCAACAGAGUUGACGUACAAGUAUGGAAACCUUAGCAAAGGGGCGUGCAAGCCAGGAUAUGCAGCAGCCAAGAUGACUACCAUCUAUCCCAA